AAAAAAGUCUUGUUUAAAAAAUGUCACGAAAAUUGAUUUCCAUCACAGACGAUGUUGUCGAUUCAGAAAGCAUAUCAAAAUUGAAAUCAUGGGAGAAUGAUGAAAAUCCUCACGUAUCAAAGCUUUUGGGAAAAAUUGGAUCGAAGAGUGACAAAAUACUUUCAAUGAUUUCGCAACUGGAAGGGAACAAAAAGUUGGAUAUUUUCGACACUGAAAAGGUCUCGGUGGAUCCAAAAGUCUCAAAGAUUCAGCAUAAAGCAGUAGGAAGGAAGAAGACAAAUGAUGAAAUUAUAGAUAAUGCGGCAAUGGGAUCGAGCGGAAUUUCCAACAGCUACCCAAAAGAAAGGAAAACGAUUGAAGAGCAAAAGAGAGAAGCGGCAGAAAGAGAACAGAAAGCGCUGGAAGCCUGUCAAAAAGGAAAGCGACCUGAAAUUGUUAAAUUCUCUAAUCAAAUUAAUUAUCCAAAUGAAAAGAAUAUCAGCCUUGAAAGUUUGAAACUGAACGAUGAUGAUGAAUUGAAGCCACAGCCAGCCUCAAAGACACCGAGUCUCAUUUUGCCUCAAUUUCAUACAAAGAACUUUGUAAGCUUGAAUUUCAUUCUUAUUUUGCUAAAGGCAUAACUUAGAUUUGUUGAGAAUUGUUAUCCAAGGACUUGAGUUAUUAUUAUGGAGAUAAAAUGGAAUCGAU